AUCCCGAUGUCGUCGGACGGUUAAACGCUCAAAUGUCCGAUUUAGGCUUCACACUCCCUCCCAGUCCCGCUCGCUAGAACGCCCAGAGCAGGACUAACUUAUUAUGCUCGCCACGGCCGCAGUGGCAGCUCUGAUUCUGAUAUAUUAAUAACGCACUCGUGCUUUCUUUUCCCCCCACGAGGCUCGCCGGAGCGGCUGUCACUACUCCCACCGCUCCCCUGAUUCCCAGAGAGAGAGAUGGAUAUGGACCUGGACGAUCUGGAUGGUCCUAGCGCCGCGCCCGCGCCCGCGCCCGCGCCGGCGAAGGUUUCCAGAUUCCAACCAAAAGCUUCCAGGUUCAAACCCAAACCAACGGCAGCUUCAGCGCCUGAAGAGUCGAAACUUCAAGAAGCGAAUGCCCUAGCUUCGAAGAAGAAAGAAGAGGAGGAAGAAGAAGGGUCUCGGCCUUCAAUUAGCGCCGCCACAGUGAAAGACAACGAACCCUCCCCAAGACCUCUUGCGAAUGGGAAGGCUAAGAUGGAUUCCGAGUCCUCUGAGAUUAAAAUGGAGGUCGAAACUAAGGUGGAAGAGCAAGAAACGGGAGUGGCAAUGGAGGAAGGCGACGAUGAAAAUCGGGUUGUUCGAGAAAUUGACGUCUUCUUCAAUCCCUCUCCUGUCGAUGACGAUACUCAGCUCUAUGUUCUGCAAUAUCCUCUCAGACCUUGCUGGCGACCGUACGAAUUGGAUGAACGAUGCGAGGAGGUAAGGGUGAAGCCUGUAAGUGCUGAAGUAGAAUUAGAUUUGUCCGUUGAUGUUGAUUCCAGCAAUUAUGACACUGAUGCUCGUGGGCUCACGAUGACAAAACAGACUUUAUCAUCUUCAUGGAAGCCACCUCGCACGACGGGCUAUGCUGUUGGGAUUUUGAUGGGUAAUAAGUUGCACCUGAAUCCUAUUCGUGCAGUUGUGCAGCUCCGACCAUCGAUGCAACAUCUUAAGUAUGGUGACUUAAACAAGAAGAAUAAUGCUGGUAACGUAGAAGGAUCACUGAAAUCAGAAGAUCCUAAUGGCGAACCUGUUGGGCCACCAAAGAAGCAGAGCAAACCGAGGGGGAUUUCAAAUGAACAUAAUGUGGAAGUUGCGGAGAGCAAACUGAAGGGGAUUUCAAAUGAACAUGCUGUGGAAGUUGCGGAGAGUUUUGUUCCUCUCAAGUACCAUGGCUCAAAGAGUGAUUUCUCAGCCAAAUAUUUGGAAAAGAUGGUGGCGGAAGAAAGUUCUUCUAUUCAGUUUUCAAUGAGCCCGCAUGAUUACAUGAACUCAUUGUGUCCCAACACAAUUAGCGAUAGCAGAUCAAAAGGUCCUUUAAGAAGGUUGCUUUCCCUGCCGCUAGAAGAACGUUUCAAGAAGUGGCUUUGUGAGGGUCCUCCUGUGCAUCGAUUCAAUGCUCUGAAGCAUCUUGCUCCUGAUGAAUCCAUUGAAGAUGUUUUACGAGUUCUUGGGCGGCAUGCUCGGUUGGUACAAGGGCUGUGGGUUCCUAAAAGUUCAUUGCUGUCUGAUGGCCGUGAGGGGGUGGAAGCAUUAGCUAGAGAUUACAUUCUUCUUUUAUUUAGCAAGAAUCCUACUAUCAAGUACCCACAACUAGACGUCCUAAAACGUAACAAAGCUCUGAAAGGCAUCCUGACGACGUUAGCUGUUGAAAGACCUUCUUUUAAGGAUUGGAAGUUUAGAGAGCCUACAGAUGUUUCAUUUAUAAAACUUUAUCCAAAUGUUGUUAAUGAGCAAAAUCAAUAUUGGGAAGCUUUGGAAAAAAAGGUGACUGUUGUUAUUCAUGGAGGUGAAAGAAGUGGGCCUGGUGCUAAGAAUAAGCCUGGCAUGCCUACUAAGCCUGGAACAUCAACAGUUUCUGAUAAAGGUGCAAUGAGAUCAGGAAAUGAGACACCAUCACGGAGGACAGCCAUGUCUAACGAAACUCGGGAAGCAUUAUCUAGAGCCCUGAAAAAACUUUUCCAAAUGUAUAGGGUUUGCAGUUUUCAACUAAUUUGUCAAGGUUUGAGGGAUUUGGCAGUUUCCCAGUCUACUCUUCCGAAGGCAGAUGCUAGAGCAGCGGUGGCUGCUGCAUCGGCUGUAGAUGGCCCUAAAGAGGAGCUUCAAGCAGUUAUAGAUCUAGUUGCAACUAAUGUUCAUGGUGUCUAUGUUUGGAAGUCAUCUCUGGAGCACGCUGAAUACAACUUGUUCAGGAAUGUUGUUGUUAGUCUUUUCCUUGCAAAAGGACCAAAUGCAAAACUUAAGAAGGCUGAUAUCAUGGAAGCAGCCAAGAUUGAGCUUAAAAGGGAUAUUACUAACAAUGAAUACAUGAAGGUCUUGGGUGAAUUGUGUGUUUCCAGAGGUGCUGCUUGGGUCUUGAAAAGUGGCGAUGGAAAUCCAAAAUGAUGUGUUCAUAGUGUUCUUCAAAUUGAUGAUUAAUUAUUUUCUUAAGUUGCCAGGAUUUUUUUGGCCCAGGCAGUUUUGUGGAGACUGGAUGCUGGCGCAGGGGAUAUUUUCCUACACUUGGCUGUUUCUUUCUUAAGUGGGAUUUAUCAGCUUUAUGUUGGUCUGCAUUUCCCCAUGGAAAAUCAGGAUGCCAGACUCAUCCAAGUCAUAAUAUGCCCAUUGUUCAUAUUUUCUUGUUAUUAAAAGAUGAUACAAUUAUGGCAGCGAUCCUGUUUCUUAUUCACACCAGUUUAUUUGCAAGCAGUAUUGCAUCACCUGCCUUGGUGUUUUGGCCUUUCAAUAUCGUUUACAUGCAAAGCGCAGCGCAGGUGCCGUGGUUUUUGUGUGUUUCUGGCUAAUGGAUUAUGGAAGGCAGGAAAUUAAAACUAUUCAACAUUUGUUUGUGUGGAAGAGAAUUAGGUGGAGAGCAUCAUGCAACGUACAAUUUUGGUUUCUCCUCAAUUGGGUCGGAGGGAAUUUAGAGAUGUUCAUAAGAGUUUUACUUGUCUAGGCGGCACUGAACCCUGAAAGAGAAGCAGCAGAGAAACUGCAAGGUGAUGCGAGACCAUAUAUGAAUGGCGGGGUUUUUACUGUCCACCAUUUUGGAUUUUUGUCUGAAGCAUAAUUAUUGGAGUGGAUGUUAAUUGCAAGACGGAUUUUACUGCCAGUUUUCCAAUUAGUGGAAAUCAAUAUGCCCUAGUUGCAAGUGGCAUGUAAUUAGUCUAGGCAAACACAGGCUGGAAGAAUUGAUUAUUAAAAGCCUUGCAUUUGUUCAGUUGGCACAGAAUGGUCUUUGGUUAUUGAACUUAGCUAGGGGUCUGUUCAAGUCGACACAAUGGAAUGUUCAAACUCGACUCACAAUGCUGAGUUUGGAACUUGACUCGAACUCAUUUAAUAACAAAAUUAUUGAACUCAAGCA